AUGCCACCAAAAAGAAAAGUCUCUACAGGUGUGUCAGGACCAGAACCUGCGCAUGCACCAGCACUGGGUUCAGAAAGCCCUCAGCUUAAAAAACAAAAACCGCAACAGCCUGGAAAGCACUCUGUCAGCGCAACGAAAAAGUUUUAUCAAUCGACUUUGGAUCGUAUACACACUUUACAAGAGGGUGAUGAGCUAUUAGCUGCAGCUUUCAUCAAAUUACCGUCAAAGAAAUUUUAUCCGGAUUACUAUCAUCUUAUUAAAAGGCCGGUAUCUGUCAAUGAAAUACAAAAGAGAGUGAACUUGCGGUAUACUGGAGAGUCUACGAGCGAGUUUUUGGAUGAUUUCAAGCUCUUGUGGGAAAAUGCAGCUACAUAUAACGACGUGGAUUCAUGGAUUGUAAAGAAUGCGAAAAAAUUGUUUGAGUUUGUUCAGGAUCAAGUGGCUAAGUUUGAAAACACAGCCUCGUCUCAAGAAGAAGAAGAAGAAGAAGUAGAAGAAGCAGUAGUAGUAGAAAAAGGAAGAGAGAUUGAGGAGGGUGCAGACGCUACAUCAGAAGCUGAAUCUGGUAUUAAAAAACUUAGACCUACCAAACUCAAGUUGAAGAUACCAAAACACAAUAUAGAGGCACCAUCGAAGAGAAAAAACAAUGGCGGAGAGAAUAAGACUUUUUCAUUAUCCACGCUUACGAACGAAUGUUUGAAUGUGUUGGAAGACGUGAUCAAGCACGAAUUUAAGGAUAUUGGUGUUCUUAGUUACAUCUUUAUGGAGGAAGUUGACCAAAGUUUAUACACUGAUUAUUCUAAAUACGUGAAAAAGCCGAUGGCAUUCAAUACAGUAAAGAAACUUUUGAACACGCAAAAGUUGUUCAAUUCGAAGCAGUCUUUGAGUGACAACUUGCAAAUAUUCCACGAUACUGUGGCUCUCAUUUUUUCCAAUGCUAGAGCUUAUAAUAACGAAGGGUCGCAGAUAUCACAUGAUGCCACCUUGUUGGAGAAGUACUUUGAAACCCAGUAUGGAAUAUUGAAGACAAAGGUGCAUGAAGUAUUGGAAAAACAGCAACGAGAAGAAGACGUGCAACAGCAGCAGCAGCAGCAACAACAACAACAACAUCCAAAGUUGAAGAUUAGCCUUACACGUCCAUCUACUGAGAGGAAAACUAAAAAGGUGAAAGAUGAACCAAAAGUAAGUCAAACUGAGCAAACUUCAAAAUCUGUUUCUGAAGUAAAGAAGGAAGAAAAGGCUCAGCACCUACAGAACCAUGAGGCACAAGCUCAAUUAACUCAAGUACAGCCAGCAACUACAGAAGCAAUGGUUGUUGCGCCUCCUUCCGUAUCCACUUUAGAGAAAACUUCAGCGGAAGUCAAAUCAUCAGCAGAGGUUGCAGCUGAUAAAACCGCAGAGAACACAAUGGGCAGAUCAGAGCCAACACUACUAGAAAGCAACCUAAUCAUCCAAGAGUCAUCGAUUUAUUCGUCGCCAUCAUUGUCUCAACAUCUAGCAAAAUACGUCGACCAGCAAGUUUCCUCAUCUAUUUUGUCGCCACUAGUUUCCAGAGAGUCGAUAAUCAAACAAGCAUUGUUUCCCACGCUAGCGAAACAACCAUUGGCAACGAUGUUUUCAUAUAAAUUUCCUGCAAAUGGAUUUGUUGACCAUUCUUAUUCCGUUGUCUUACCCGCUGAUGUUCUGCCGUUUAUCUCAUUCAAGGUAUCAUUACACCAUCAUCUUUUCUUAGCCAAAGAAGCUGAUCUCAUUGAUGGUCACGGGUACUUAAACUCAACUUCGGAUGAAGACUUUCAAUGCAAUUUAUACGUCAAUGAUGAAGAAGUGAUCCAGCCAAAUGAUUGCUUUGCGGAAAAGAAGGAAAAUAGCGACGAGAGCGUGCUUGCGGUGCAGUAUGAUAUUAAGCUUAGUCCCGGAUUGAAUGUUUUGUCGUUUGAAUGUAAAGUUGCUCCAGCAUUAAGCAAGAAAGUCAAAAACACAGUUUUGCAAGAACAACCCGAAGAGUUUAGUGGAAGCAGGCACACAAGACAUCAAUUACAGCAAAUGAAGAUGUCCUGGGAUGUAGAAACAGUCAAUUUCUACGUAGUAUGUAGUCAAUAUUGA